GUUGAGCAUGACACACAUUUGAGUGAGCGGUAGAGAUACGUUCAAUUUGUACCUUAAGCUUUUAGCAUUGCUUUCUGUCUUUGUCACCGGAUGACUGGACUAGACAGGACAAAAGGUGGGCUCGCUCAUGUGCGUGUAUGCAGGAAAGUGAGUGUGUGUGUGUGUGUGUGAGUGAGCUCUCUGUCAACACGUGGUUUCCAUGUCGAAAGCAACAGCUGCCAAGCUUGCUGUCCUCGUCUUCCUCACCUUCAUCAUUUGCCUGCCAGAGUUCUUUCCAUCCGACACAGAUCCAGUGUUGCAGAUCCCGUUUAACUGUUUGUCCUUCAACCCCUGUGACCCUAUGAGUGGGCAAGGUCCUAAGGAUGGGCAGAUUUGUCAGGAGUACAGGAAUACAAGUAGGAUUAAUGCCCUAUGUGAAGUGGAGACAAAAGAGAACAUGAUCAGCCAAGACAAAGUGGUGCAAGACUGGUUUGUGUGUGAGACUGAGGCUGACCUAUGGAGUCUCCAUGACAACGCCUCACUCUCAGAUCUAGACACGGUCUUGAUGCUACAGGUCACAAAUCAGACUCUCCAGAAUGUGACUAUGCAUGGUCAUUUCAACCAAAGUGGACUGCACAUAGACACCAGCCUGAACUUCACACUGUUAGGCUGUUGCGCCCAACCUCAAAGAGACUGCGCAUACCCAAACAAAGUCAAGGCAAGCCCAACCUCCCACAAACCAGUUACAAGACCUGGACUGUCCACAGUGCCAUCAUCAGGAGAAACAGACUCUACCUCUAAUCUCAAGUGUCAAUCAAACAGAAGCCAGUGCUUUUUUCGCUAUGUAGGAGGCAACGCUAUCAAAGCAUCUACUAAGGAAGUGAGGUGGUGGGGUUUUAGCAUCGCCGUGUGGAUGAUUCUGGUACUGAUCGUGAUCGUAGUGGUCAUGCUAAGUGUCUGGGUUCAGGUCUGCACAAGCAGACGCUGCUUUCACGCACAGUCAGCGCCAGUUCGAGUCGCUGCCCAUCGGCCUAAGAGCUUCUCCAAGCGAAGAGUUAAGUCUUUAGGUGAUUUGCCUGAUAUUUCUAUCCCAGUAUGGAGCGCAGAAGAUGAAGAGCUGUUCUUAGAGAAGACGCCAAAGGAUUACUCAAGAGGACUGUCCCCUAUUUUUGAGGUGUCUUUGACAGGUAUGAGUGCAUGA